AAUAAUACUUUCUAUAUUCGUUAGCUUCUGAAGCCCAAUUUUAUGUCUUAUCCCUAGAAUAAAGAACAUUUUGAGAACGUACACUGAAAAUAUUUAGUGACUGGAGAGUUACCACCAAAGAAACUUCCACGAAAUUGCCGUUCAAUAUCGUUAAUUAUGCUUGCUUUUUGACUCUGUUGACUAGCAAUAGUUCCUGAAAAUAACUUUCCCCUUCGAGCCAAUUCGAAUUAUUGGGUCAGUAAAGUACUAGUUUCUUUUCCGGCAGGUUGAAUUGAACACCCUCGGAUCUAAGUUUUUCCGGCAAUUACAUACAUCAACAUGGUAGCUGGAGCAAAGCCUAAAUACGACGUAUUUUUAAGUUUUAGAGGAGAAGACACCCGCAAAAACUUUGUUAGUCAUCUAUACCGUGCUUUAACAAAGAAAGGAGUUCACACUUUCAGAGAUGAUCGGAGCGUAGAGAAGGGAAAAACAAUCAAAGAUGAACUCAUCGGUGCUGUUGAAGAAUCACGACUGGCCGUUAUCGUGUUCUCGGCGAAUUAUGCGUCGUCCAGAUGGUGUUUGGAGGAACUCAUUAAGAUCAUCGAAUGCAAGAUCCAGAGAAAGCAAACUGUUAUACCCAUCUGCUAUGGUAUUAACGAAUCAGAAAAGUGCAGCAUAGUUGAUGCUUUUGCUGAAGCUUUUGCCAAAUGUGAAGCAGAUUCUACUACGGAUAGUUACUUUGAUGAGGAGAGAGUGAAAAGUUGGAGGAAAGCUCUAACUGAAGCAAUAGAUUCAGGCUGGGAUGUCAACAAGUGUGUGGAACAGUACUAUCCGAAUGAAGCGGAAUGUAUAGAGCAGAUAGUGAAGGAGAUUGUUAGCAAGCUAAGAUCGGAAGAAGUGGCCGGAGAACUUCAAGUAAAUUAUUCCUGUCGGAGAGAGUCCUUGGCUUCACUCGUUCAGCAGCAUCUCCUUUCCAAUUGUGUGUGCCUGUAUUUUUUUUUGUGACCAUUUAUAAUAUUUAAAAAAGUGAUCAAACUUUCUAGUCCAAAUAAAAGACGACGAUCGACCAAUGGUUGGAGUACUUGGUGCGACUUUUUCUUUAUAUGUGGGGUUGGGGACGGUGAACCACUUGAGCACUCUAAUGUGCUUUCUGACUAUUGUUAGUGGGCACGAUAGACCACUUUACUACUCUUUAUGCUUUGUUGACUGCAAAUAUUACUCUUAUUUAGUACUGUAGUUUAGUAUAGUAUUAGAUUAGAAAUAUCUCCAAAAUCA